CCAGAACAUUCCUGCACACGGUGGUGUCCACGCUGCCCUGCCACCGUCCCCAGUCCCCUCAACCGGAGGCUCAUGCUUUCCGCCCCGUGAACCCCUCAGCCUGGGCCCGGUCACAGUGUCUGUAGUGGCCCUGGGCGGGAGCCAGGCCUCCCUGCAGGAGCGCAGCCCUGACAUCUCGGUGGGCUGCCCCUCGAGGGUGGCCAGGCCCUGGCAGCCCACCUGAGGGCCAUUCCUGCCUCCAGCCCUGCUGGCUCCUGGUCCCCCUGGCCCCACGGAUGCCUGGCUGAGACGCAGCGGUGGCCCCAGCUGCCCACACCUGCUCCUGGCCCCAAGGCUGGCACUGCAGUGGACAACUCCUUGGGCACCAGGUGGCUAACGGACGCAGCCGGCAGCCCGCGCAGCGGCAUGGGCAGCGCCAGCCCAGGACAGAGCGCCGUGCCCCCCGGCUGCCUGCUGCUGCCCCCCGACCCGGCGCUGCGCCCCGGCCUGGAGAAGGGGGCGGCGGGGGCGGCGGGCGCUGAGAAGCGGGCCUGGAGCCCCCGCCGGCCGGCCACCCCUGACCAGGGCCUAUCCGCCUUCUACCUCUCCUAUUUCGACAUGCUGUACCCCGAGGAGGGCAGCUGGGUCGCCAAGGGCCCCGCGGCCAGCGCUCGGGAGGAGCCGCCCGAGGAGCCGGAGCAGUGCCCCGUCAUCGACAGCCAGGCUCCGGGGGGCGGCCUGGACCUGGUGCCCGGGGGGCUGGCCCUGGAGGAGCACUCGCUGGAGCAGGUGCAGUCCAUGGUGGUGGGCGAGGUGCUCAAGGACAUCGAGACUGCCUGCAAGCUGCUCAACAUCACUGCAGACCCAGUGGACUGGAGCCCUGGGAACGUGCAGAAGUGGCUGCUGUGGACGGAGCACCAGUACCGGCUGCCCCCUGUGGGCAAGGCCUUCCAGGAGCUGGCGGGCAAGGAGCUGUGCGCCAUGACGGAGGAGCAGUUCCGCCAGCGUUCUCCCCUGGGUGGGGACGUGCUGCACGCCCACCUGGACAUCUGGAAAUCAGCGGCCUGGAUGAAAGAGAGGACCUCCCCUGGCGCCGUUCACUGCUGCGCCUCCACCAGCGAGGAGAGCUGGACCGACAGCGAGGUGGACUCGUCCUGCUCUGGACAGCCCAUCCACCUGUGGCAGUUCCUCAAGGAGCUGCUGCUCAAGCCCCACAGCUACGGUCGCUUCAUCCGGUGGCUCAAUAAGGAGAAGGGCAUCUUCAAAAUCGAGGACUCUGCCCAGGUGGCCCGGCUGUGGGGCAUCCGCAAGAACCGGCCAGCCAUGAACUACGACAAGCUGAGCCGCUCCAUCCGCCAGUAUUACAAGAAGGGCAUCAUCCGCAAGCCCGGCGUCUCCCAGCGCCUGGUCUAUCAGUUCGUGCACCCCAUCUGAGCCCGCGCGCCCGCUCCCCUGCGCCUGCGCCUGCGCCCGGCCGGACGCUGAGCCUGGGGACCAGGGGCAGUCGGCGCGCUGCGGCACUGCGGAGUCCAGGGUCGGGAGGGGCUGGCCGGGGCGCCCAGGAGCAGAGUGAGCCCUCUUGGACCCCGGGCUGGGGCGCUUCCUCCCCGGCCUCACUGCUCUCAUGCGUGGUCGACUGAGGACAGGGCGUCAUUGAGGCUCCCAGGAGAGCCCUCCCUUCGCCCAGCUCAGACCCCAGACUCAGAGCAGGGCCUGCAGAAUGGCGAGGACACGGCCGGUUCCCAGCAGUGCCGCGUUUCUCCGGCUACACCCCCUUCACGCCUCUGCACCGUGCCAGCCACCGUGCCCGCCACCGAGUAGCGGAGUCAGGCGUGACCCCAGGAGUGGAUAAUAAAGACAU